AUGAAUGAAGGAAGCCAAGAAGAUCAAUUGAAAGAUGAUGAUGCGUGGAGAAGAGAUGAGGUGAGGUUCUACAUUUGGGAAAUUGGGGAAAUAGGGAUUAAGAUGAAGAUGCGUGGAGAAGAGAUGAGGCCGCCUUUAAUCCCUACGGAGGAUGAACAGAAGAAGCAAGAAGAAGGCUUCUUUGGAUCCUUUGCAAAGCUUUUUGUCAACACUGAAUCGUCUGCUAUGGAAAUUUUGAGAGGAAUAUUUCCAGGUUUUAGGAAGAAGCCACUGAACCAUCAAUAUCAAAGCCUAUACCAGCACCCUCAACAGCAAAAGUACUCAACUGCUUGGCCUGUACAAGACAGCUUUGUGAUCCCAGAUGAGGACGAGCCACCUUCCAUUGAUACAAGAACUCCCACUCCACGAAAAACUUAUGCUUUCAUGUCCAAGGAUGCAGAAAAGAUCCAGCAACUGCGGCAAAGUCGAGCUAAUGAUAAUAAUAAUAAUAAUAAUAAUGGUUAUGGACCUGCUAAAUUCCCAAUAAAGAAGGAAUUUAAGUUGAAUUGUUCAAUGGAUGUCAGCAUUUCAGCUCUCGUUGAUGAGUUAGCAGAGUGUUUUAACGAUGUUAUUAUUAAGAAGCCUGGUAUCUCAACACUAUUGAUGAAUUUUGAGAGUAAAUUUGAUCCUUAUGAUGCUGUCAGUACUCCGCUUUACCAGACAGCUACCUUUAAGCAGCCUUCAACGAUAGAAUGUGGACCCUAUGAUUAUACCAGAAUUGGAAAUCCUACACGCGAUGCCUUGGAAAGCCUUUUAGUUAAGCUCGAUAAGGCAGAUCGAGCAUUUUGCUUCACCAGUGGAAUGGUUGCUUUGGCUUCUGUCAGUCAUCUAGUUGGAACUGGUCAAGAAAUUGUUGCAGGGGAUGACCUCUAUGGCGGUUCUGAUCGUUUGUUAUCACAAGUAGCUCCAAAAUCUGGAAUUGUGGUGAAGCGUGUUAAUACAAGUGAUUUGGAUGAGGUUGCCGCUGCUAUUGGUCCUUGGACAAAGCUUGUGUGGCUGGAGAGUCCGACCAAUCCUCGACAACGAAUAUCUGAUAUUCGUAAAAUUGCUAAAAUGGCUCAUGAACAUGGUGCUCUUGUGUUAGUGGAUAACAGCAUUAUGUCCCCUGUAUUGUCACAACUUCUGGUGUUAUUUUCCGACAUUGUUAUGCAUUCAGCUACUAAAUUUGUAUCUGGACAUAGUGAUGUCAUGGCGGGCGUGCUUGCAGUAAAAGGGAAAAGCUUGGCAAAAGACUUGCAUUUCCUGCAAAAUGCAGAAGGCUCUGGAUUAGCUCCAUUUGAUUGUUGGAUCUGCUUAAGAGGCAUCAAGACCAUGGCCUUACGUGUAGAGAAGCAACAGGAAUGCAAAUCUGACCGUGUUACAAAUAACAUGUCGGAGUCAUGGAAUGGUCUCCUGAAUAUUGUCAGUGAAUAUCCUAUUGAGAAGUUACUUGAAUUUAUAAGAUUAGAAGUGACGAAUAGACUUUACCUUAGACUAGAAAAGGCUAGUACUUGGACUAGUAAGUUAAACCCUGUUGCAGAGAGAAAACUGGUUGUAGCUGCUAGAUAUGGCAGUAAACUACAGGUUUAUAUUGUUGGGCAGGAUGAGUUUGAAGUACAUGAGAUCAAUAAGAUUCACCUUGUUGAUCUGAAGAGACCUGGUAAAUGCUCUUGUGGUGAGUGGUAG